UCGUACAUAUGAAGUCAGUCUGAAUUAAGUCGAGCGCGGCGCGACACACAUUUAGCGUUCUCCGCGAGCGGCGCUUAUUAUUGUGAUAAUAAUUAUGCCCUCGCAUUAGAAGCCGCCGACCCAGUCACGACCUCCGGUGCAAUGAGUAAAGUUGCAAGCAAUAACAACAAAAAAGAAGAUUCAGACCUUCAGGAGGUGGACCUCGAGAUCGGCGAGCAGCGCCGCGGCAAGGGCGCCAACGGAAGCAGCAGCGACCCCUCCUCCUCUAGCAGAGCUGGACACUCGCUGGCCUCCAAGGUGCAGUUGCGACGGUCGCUGCAGAACUGGGCGGCCAUGGCAGCCCUGGCUGGCAUCAUCGGCGCCCUGGCCGUCGCCGUGGCCCUCGUGCUCGGAUGGCUCUUCGUGCUGCAGCUGGCCAUCGUGGCCGGCGUCGCGUGGUUCGUGGCCGCCGGUGGCCUCAAGUGGGCGUACGUGGCCAUCCGGACGGCGCCCAGGGACAUGACGGCUCUGUUCCUUUAUCUGAGGCUGAAAAUGGAAAUGAGGAGUCACGCAAAGGCUAACCGAAGCGUGGCCGACAUCUUCAACCAGCAGGUGCUCAAACACCCCAACAAAGUGUGCUUAGUCUUCGAGGAUCAGAAAUGGACUUUCAAACAGGUGGAAGAUUACAGCAUAAAGAUAAGCAAAUUGCUCGUUGCGAGGGGCUAUAAACACGGCGAUGUCGUCGCCAUCCUGGCCAACAACCGUCCCGAGUAUGUCGCCCUGUGGCUCGGCAUGUGCAGAAUCGGCGUGAUCGCCGCCCUCAUCAAUACCAACCUCCGCAAGCAGGUUCUGAAGCACUCCAUCGGCAUCUCAAACGCCAAGGCGCUCAUCUACUCGUCUGAUUUUGCUGAAGCUCUUGCCGAUUUGGGAAGCGACGGGCUGCCCCGUGGAAUUUCCUUGAUUCGAAUGGACCCCAUCAAGGGUCCUCGACUUGGCGAAGUUGAGCUUGAGGAGCUGAUGGCCGAACACGAGCCAACUCUGCCACUCUCGUUGCCCGAUGGACACAAAAAGGCCGGAUUCCAGGACCCCCUAGUCUACAUUUACACGUCGGGCACCACUGGAAUGCCCAAGGCUGCUAUCAUUACACAUUCGAGAUUUAUUUUCAUGGUUGGUGGAAUCCAUUGGUUGGCCGGCGUCACCUCUAACGACCGUCUCUAUGUAACCCUGCCCUUGUACCACACCGCAGGAGGAGUGACUGCGAUUGGCCAGGCGUUGGUUUACGGCAGCUCCGUGGCAAUCAGGGGAAAAUUUUCCGCCUCUGCCUACUUCAAGGACUGUGCAAAAUACGAGUGCACUGUUGGCCAGUAUAUUGGAGAAAUGUGUCGUUACUUGCUGGCCGUCCCGCCUAGCCCUCAAGACACGACCCACCCCGUUAGAAUGAUGUACGGAAAUGGUCUUCGACCUCAAAUUUGGAUUCCUUUCACCGAGAGGUUCAACAUUGCAAGGAUUUCUGAAUUCUACGGAGCUACUGAAGGAAACGCCAAUAUAAUCAAUCCUGACAACACCGUAGGCGCAAUUGGUUUUGUGUCCCGCAUCAUACCGUCUGUCUACCCUAUUUCCAUCAUCAGAGUGGACCCGGAAACUGGAGACGUCAUUCGUGACGCUCAAGGACUCUGCAUUCCCUGCAAGCCAGGUGAACCUGGAGUUUUUAUUGGCAAAAUUGUGCCUAAUGAUCCAAUUCGAGCUUUUCUUGGCUACGUCGACAAAAGCGCGUCUGAAAAGAAAAUCGUCAGGGAUGUUUUCAAACUUGGAGACUCUGCUUUCCUCUCUGGCGAUAUUCUAGAAAUGGACGAGUUUGGUUAUCUUUCUUUUAAAGAUAGGACAGGAGACACCUAUAGAUGGAAGGGUGAGAAUGUGUCCACGUCUGAAGUCGAAGCCGUUAUCAGCAACCUCGUCAGCUACAGAGACGCCAUUGCUUAUGGAGUUGAAGUUCCCGGAGCCGAGGGAAGAGCAGGAAUGGUUGCUAUUCACCAAGGAAAAGAUGCACCAAUUGAUUUGGAAAAGUUUGCUGAAGGGUUGAAAGCGUCCCUCCCUAGUUAUGCUAGACCCAUAUUUGUGCGACUUUUAUCCGAAUUGGACUUAACAGGAACCUUUAAAUUGAAGAAAACUGAUCUGCAAAAAGAAGGAUUUGAGCCGAAAAAAGAUCCUGUCUAUUACUUGGCCAGUAGCGGAAAGUAUGAAUUAAUUACUGAUGAGGUGUAUGAACAAAUCAACAUGGGCAAAGUUCGUUUGUAAAAAAUGGUUAUGACAAACAAGAGACUGCUCCAUAUUCAGGAAUAGUGAUCUGGUUCCCAUGCCCCAUCGAGUGCGACUCCACAUCGAAUUUCAGUUAAGGAAUAUACAAAGUUCAGCAUUUUAGAAAUUUUACGCAUUUGAUUCCACCACAAGUUCACUUCUAAAGAGUUGAUGUUAGUAACUGCACACGAAUUUGUUAAUGAGUAAUAUGAAGAAGAUCUGAAGUACUUAAAACAUAAACUGAGGGCUUUGAACAAAUGGAAUGGUGAUAUAUUGUUGUUAGCUAUUAACAAAAUAUUGCAUAUUAUAGUAUGCAGUGCAUUUGUAAAUAUUUUUAAAUGCCUCUCUUGACCUGUGACUUAUUUUUUAUGUUAUAAAUUGUUUUCAAUGGUUUAUUGUAAUUGUUUUGUUACAUUGUAUGCUCAAUAAAUUUUAAACACCUUCAAAUUUACAGAUCAAUAA